GUGAGCUGUGAUUGGUCACAGCUUGUCACAUGGUACAAGGCUGUUGUGAUUGGCCAAUUCAUGUGAUCACUGAUUUCACACGUAGUAAGCAAUGAUGUCAGGAAGUGACAUCUUGUUUGCUACUAUUCAUGUGAUCACUGAUUGGCCAAUUCAUGUGAUCACUGAUUGGCCGCUGUACAGCGAGACACAGCGGGCACUGGAUCGUGGUGCUGCGCGCUCCCAGGCAGUGAAUGCGGGGGCC